GUGUGUGCGCGUGCGGACGCAGGUUAAGCGGAGUUGUUUGGGCUGUGCGGGGAGAGAGGAGUCGCCGAAAACGGUUUCAGCACACGGAGACACUGCCUGCUGUCCAUCCCCACUGUCGAGGCCCGGUCCGGUCAGCUGUGCACGAAUAAAACCCAGAGCGAUAACUAUUCUCACACACGCAGCACCGUCUUCGUUAGCGCAGCCGGCUAAAAAUACAGGAACCAUGCCCGAAAGGAGGCCCUUCGUACGGUUACCAACUGACGUUUACCCCGUCAACUACGGCUUAUCCCUGAAGCCCGACCUGAUCGACUUCACUUUCGAGGGCAAGCUGGAGGCGCUGGUGGAGGUUACACAAGCUACAAAUCAGAUUGUGAUGAACUGCGCUGACAUUGACAUCAUCACGGCUUCCUUUGCACCACAAGGAGGAGAAGAAAUCAACGCUACAGGAUUCAACUAUCAAAAUGAGGAUGAAAAAGUCACUCUGUCAUUUCCUAGUGCUCUACAGAAAGGCUCUGGCACGUUGAAGAUCGACUUUGUUGGGGAGCUGAACGACAAAAUGAAGGGAUUCUAUAGGAGUAAAUAUACAACCCCUGCUGGAGACAUCCGCUACGCUGCUGUCACACAGUUUGAGGCCACGGACGCUCGCAGAGCUUUCCCCUGUUGGGACGAGCCAGCUAUCAAAGCCACCUUUGACAUCACCCUGAUAGUUCCCAAGGACCGAGUAGCCUUGUCAAAUAUGAAUGUCAUUGAUCGAAAGCCAUAUCCAGACGAUGAAAACCUUGUGGAGGUGAAGUUUGCCACCACGCCCAUCAUGUCCACAUACCUUGUAGCUUUUGUCAUCGGUGAAUAUGACUAUGUGGAGAGCCAAUCAUCAGACGGUGUAACGGUACGCGUCUACACGCCCGUGGGGAAGGCAGAACAAGGGAAAUUUGCACUGGAGGUUGCGACCAAGACCUUACCUUUCUACAAAGACUACUUCAGUGUUCCUUAUCCAUUGCCUAAAAUUGAUCUCAUAGCUAUUGCUGAUUUUGCUGCUGGUGCCAUGGAAAACUGGGGCCUUGUUACCUACAGGGAGACAGCACUGCUAAUCGACCCGAAGAACUCCUGCUCGUCCUCCAGGCAGUGGGUGGCGCUGGUGGUCGGACACGAGCUCGCCCACCAGUGGUUUGGAAACCUGGUCACCAUGGAAUGGUGGACCCAUCUGUGGCUUAACGAGGGAUUUGCAUCCUGGAUCGAGUAUCUGUGCGUGGACCACUGCUUCCCGGAGUACGACAUCUGGACUCAGUUUGUCUCAGCCGACUACACCAGAGCUCUGGACCUGGAUGCACUGGACAGCAGCCAUCCCAUAGAGGUGAACGUCGGCCAUCCAUCAGAGGUAGAUGAAAUCUUUGACGCCAUCUCCUACAGCAAAGGAGCGUCUGUGAUCCGCAUGUUGCACAACUACAUAGGAGACGAGGACUUUAGGAAAGGAAUGAACGCCUAUCUCUUGAAGUUCCAACAUAAAAAUGCAUCAACAGAGGACCUAUGGGACUGUCUGGAACAGGCCAGUGGGAAACCCAUCGCUGCAGUGAUGGGCUCGUGGACCAAGCAGAUGGGCUUCCCGAUUAUUGUAGUGGACCAGGAGCAGCAAGGUGACGACCGCAUCCUCAAGUUAUCUCAGAAGAAGUUCUGUGCCAGUGGACCCCACAACGGUGAGGAUUGCCCCAGCUGGAUGGUCCCCAUUAGUAUUUGUACCAGCGAGGACCCCAAAUGCACCAUGCUCAAGGUUCUGCUGGACAGACCCGAGACGACCAUCACUCUGAGCGGCGUCGGCCCAGACCAGUGGAUCAAGAUCAACCCCGGCACUGUGGGCUUCUAUCGCAUUCAGUACAGCUCGUCCAUGCUGGAGAGUCUGCUGCCGGGCAUCAGAGACCUCAGCCUGCAGCCCGUCGACCGGCUCGGCCUGCAGAACGACCUCUUCUCCCUGUCUCGUGCGGGGAUGAUCAGCACGGUCGAGGUUCUGAGGCUGAUGGAGGCGUUCGUCAACGAGCCGAACUACACGGUGUGGAGCGACCUCAGCUGCAACCUGGGAGUGCUGUCCUCGCUGCUGUCCCACACCGACUUCCACGAGGAGAUCCAGGAGUUCAUCCGGGACCUCUUCACUCCCAUCGGCCUCGAGCUCGGCUGGGACAGCAAACCAGGAGAAGGUCACCUGGACGCCCUGUUGAGAGGUCUGGUUCUGGGGAAGCUCGGGAAGGCGGGACACAAACCCACACUGGAGGAGGCCAGACGGAGAUUCAAGGACCACGUGGAGGGAAAGCAGGUCCUGCCUGCAGACCUCAGGAGCCCGGUGUAUUUAACAGUGCUGAAGCAUGGAGACAGUGCCACAUUGGACACGAUGCUCAAGCUCCACAAACAAGCCGACAUGCAGGAGGAGAAGAAUCGCAUCGAGCGAGUGCUGGGCGCCAUCUCAGCGCCCGACCUCAUUCAGAAAGUCCUCAACUUUGCCCUCUCGGAAGAGGUUCGUCCCCAGGACACGGUGUCAGUAAUCGGGGGCGUGGCAGGGAGCAGUAAACAAGGCCGGAAAGCUGCCUGGAAGUUUGUCAAGGACAACUGGGAGGAACUUUACAACCGUUACCAGGGCGGCUUCCUCAUAUCACGGCUCAUCAAGCUCACAGUCGAUGGAUUCGCUAUUGACAAAAUGGCUGCUGAAGUGAAGAGUUUCUUCGAGAGUCACCCGGCGCCGGCGGCCGAGCGUACGGUGCAGCAGUGCUGCGAGAACAUCCUCCUCAAUGCCGCCUGGCUGAAGCGCGACGCAGACGACAUCCACCAGUAUCUACUGCAGCGUAAAACGCCCCCAGUCUGAGCCUCUGCCGCCUCUCCCACCUCUCUCCUGCCCUCCCCCACUCCUCCUUCUCCCUCCCCCUUCCCCUCCAGCGCGGACCUCCCAGCAUCAUAGCUGCCUCGGCCUCCCUCCUCACUACAGACCAGAGCGGGAGACCAGAGCGUACUUACAGCAGGCUUCAUUUCUCUAAAGGAACUGUAAUGAAAAUCAAGAAGACCAAGCCAAGAAUUUAACAAAGUGUUGGAAACACAAAGAGACUCUUUCUACGUUAACGAAGCGAAAUCCAUUUUAGUCAGACCAGGAAUGUAGUUUUACCCCCAUUCUGUCCACGAGCAGACGACACGUCGACAUUAUGAAACCGGUGCUCAGCAAAGUCGCAGAAACACCGCCGCCCUCGAAAACGACCGCUAACCCACCCUCAUCCCACCUCUGCGUCGUAGCUGAGAAAACUGUGAAUCCCCUCCCUCCCUUUCCCUCCCCUCGUCCUCCCCCCUUUAUUUCCUUUCUCCUGCUGCCUCUCGUUUUGAAUGCAUGAAGCGUGAUUUUCCGCAUUUGCGGCUUCGUUUACUUCUGUUUGUUUUCUGUACAAACAAAUGAUUUGUUUUUUUGUUUUUUGUUUUUUUAUCCCCCCUCUGCUCUCGGUUAGUAUUCACACCUCCCCUCAUGUCCCGCCUCCUUCUCUUUCGAGCGUUGUGAUUGGGUGACAGCAGAAGGCGCCUGGACAGAAUGGGGUUAAUUACAGUAGUGUGUGUUGUAGUUUCCAACAGCACUGAUUCUCCAUUGCUAAUAAACGAUUAGGACGAGGCGAGCAGCGCUAGCAUGGUACUACAUUGUAAACUGUAUAAUGCAAGCAGUUUUUUUUUUUGUUUUUUUUCUCACGGAUGAUGUUCCUUUAAAAGAAUUAAACGGAAAGGUUCAUGAUUACCUGUUUCCUGCCCCCCCUCUUCCCCCAAACACCUGAGCUCUGUUCAGUCAGAGUUUGUAUAGUUUGAUCAUCAACAAACAUAUUUACCCCCCCCCACUCUGCCCCCUGCCCUCCCCUCCACUUGAAAUGAAGGUAUUGCCGUGUUUUUAUAAGACAUCAGAUGCAGUGAUUUAUUUAAAUGUCGAGAUAAUCUUAUAUUCUGAGGAAAAGGAGGAAAAAAAAUCACAACACUACUUCUUUUUCGGGGCCUUUUCAUUCUCAAGUAACAUCAGGAAACGCCUCCUCAUACGGUCGAGAGUCGGUCGAGAGUCAGUCGAGAGUUCGGCGAGGCCCGGUCCGGACUUUUUGUGGACGUGACAGAUUGACUCUGACUCCGCUGUCGAACUUGGAAGCCUUAAAUUGGUCGACUGGUUUGCAGUAAAUAUUAAAAAAACACUGAUGAUAAAUAGGUGACUUCCACAUAACGUCAAAUGUAUCUAAUGUGACAGAUUAUGCAGACUUGUUGAACGAGUAUAUCUAUAUAGAAUUUACAAUUUGAUGUGGUUUUUGAAAAACAUACCCACCAUGUCAUCCAACCUGUUGUCGAGAACCCCCCCACCCACCACCUGGAACAUUUGUUGUUGUUUUUUUUUUUUCUUUUUUGUUUUGUUUUUCUUUUAUUUUGGUUCUUUUUUUUUGUUUAAAAUUACAGUUGGUGUUCAUUAAAGUGGAAAAGGAUUAUAAAAACAAAUGAUGUGGAAUUAGUACACAUUGAUUUUUCUUUUUUUUUAUGUGCAGCGUGAGUGUGAUUUGUUAUUUAUCUUGUAUUAUUCUCACAUGUUAAAGGAUAACUUUGGUCCAUGUCAAAGUACGUCCACUAAAGUUCUUGUUUUUAUCAUUAACAGACUCUGAUUGUUAUUCUAAGUGUCUGACAACAUUAUGACAGGAUUCCUACAGAGACAGAGCUUUUUAUUAAAGAGGAAGAUCCUUUUUGUUUAACCAGAAAAAUAUAUUUUUUCAAUACCAGACUCCAUUGACAAAAGCAGGAAUUUUACCGAGCAUAACACAGGAGCUGCUGGAAUACCGCUGCCACCAUCUUUUAGUUUGUUUGUGUUGUUGUGUGACUUCAGUUCAAUUCAGAUGCUUUAUAUAAGUGAAAGUACCACACAAUAACACAAACAAACCAACAGAUGGAGGCAGUGGUAUUCCAGCAGCUGCUGUGUUCUGCUCAGGUAAAAUUUCUUGUCAAGUUUUUGUCAAUGGAGUCUGGUAUUGAAAAAAUAUAUUUUUCUGGUUAAACAAAAAUGAUCUUCCUCUUUAAUAAAAAGCUCUGUCUCUAAAGGAAUCCUAUGCAUAAUGUUGUCAGACACUUAGAAUAACAAUCUGAGUCUGUCAGUGGUAAAAACAAGAACUUUUCCCAACGAUUUUUGUCCCUGUUAAUCAGAAUUAUCCUUUAACAGGUGAGGAGAUGAUCACAUUGGAUUACAAAUACGUGCACAUAUAAGAGCUGAGUUAUAGCUGACAGGAAUAAAACUGGUUACAGAUGAACAUAGGGUGAUCACAGAGGGAAAAUUCAAAUGUCAGCACCUUUUGGUUUCAUUCACAGUUUGUAAAAAAUUGUCCAGGCAGAGUUUGACUUUGAGUUUGUGUUACUGUUCUCUUGUCUUUUUUUCUAAUGAAUCUGAUUUCUGGUUCAACAUGUGGAACGUCUUUGUGGUUCUGACCUAAAGAAGAGGACGGCUUUAAAUUUAGUGAUGCCACGGCGAACGUAAAUAUCCAGUCCAAUAAAGUAACACUUGCUGGUACAGUAUCUCUCACUACAGGACAUUUCUCAAAGAAAAAACUGGUCCUGGUUCUGUUUUAAGGUCAAGUCUUACAGCUGAGGAUAAAUCCCGGUCACCAGGUGGAAAAAAUGGGGUUUUCAAAAUCCCCAGGUGGUCUAUAAAGGAAUUACUUUAUGGUAAUUCACCACAUUGCUGAUUUAUUUGGAUAACAUGCACUGCUACAGCACAAUAAAAUGAUCAGGGCCCUGUUUUUUUGGGUAAUUUUAUACGUUCAUUAAAUAACUGACAGUGGAGAAAUGAUGGGAAAUAAAGGAAGAAGAAAGUUUAUUAUUA